CCCCGUUGGUGCGGACGACCGUGGUACUGAUUCCAUCAAUCGAGUUCGUGAGGUUUGGCAACUUCCUUUUACGGCUGCCGGCAGGGCAGGUGGUGAGUGGCACCAUGGCAUGCAGCGUGGACACUGGCUCCAUCAUCAGAGGCGACGCCAAGGUCACCGUCGUGUGGAAUGCCUCCAAGCCCUUCACAUAUGACAACGACGCGCCUAGCAACGCCAUGUGCAAAAGCCUGUCGUUUUACGCGGACGGCGGCUGCACAGAGAAGCUGGGCUUUACAAUCGCACGCCCUGCGAAGAAGGGCAGUUCGUACCCCGUCACAAAAACGACUGUCAAAGGAAUCAAAUCGUUGGGAUCAGUUGGAUGCGAGAUCACCAUGUGUGAGAAUGAUUGUGGAAGUUCACAGUGCGUUGUGAAGGACGGCCAGCAGCAGUGCCAGUGCCCCGAGGGCCUCGUGUUCAAUGCGGCCAAGAAGCGCUGCCACGACCCGUCUCUCGCCUCUCGUCGGGCUGGUGGGCAAGGGAAGAAAGGACGACCCUAG